AUGGGCUUGGAAGAUGUCGAGGGCUGGCUGAUGCCAUUUGUUUUGACCGAGUCCAUGGUGAGAGUUGGGAGGAGUAUGAUGAGAGUGAAUCGUUCAAAGGCAGAUGAAUUACUUGCGGUUGUAGAGACAAGUUACCGGCAGAUGGUCUAUGGCGGGCAGAAAGUGACAAGACCCGCAUUGCAGAAGGAUGAGCGGUAUCCCACGGGAAUCGAUCCCGGCACCAAGCCCAGCCUUUUUUUCAAGGUGAAGUCACCAACGUCAACCGGGCUCCAUGAGCGUAGUGGCAUUGUACAGGGUACACACUACAUCCGCCAUGCUUCAUACUUGACGCGUUGCUGCACAGCUGCGGAGGAGAUCUGCUGUCUGAUCCAAUCAUACAUGGAUCUCGAUUCCAGCGAUGUGGAUUGGGUUGAUCUGAAGGUAGAAGGCGUCCGAUCUGCCCGGUCUUUGAUUCAGCCAAGUAACUAA